AUGUCUCGUGCGGCCAAAGGCUGUGACGCGCUCUUCACAAACACAUCACUCCCUAAGACAUUGUCUUCAAACACAUCCCAAAACAUGGAUUUGAGUCCAUUUAUUGAUAAUCCAAUGGUGGACAAGACGUUUGAGUCAGUCAUACCACCGGUCGCUCUUCAGGAGGAAUGCAUUGCCGGCAUCGACGAGGCCGGGAGGGGACCUGUUUUGGGUCCAAUGGUUUACGGUUUGGCGUUCUUUCCCUUAUCUCAAGAAUCACUUCUUAAAAAACUAGAUUUUGCCGAUUCCAAGACAUUGACCGAAGAGAAAAGAGAGGAGAUCUUCGAGAAGAUCGGCAAAAAUGAAUACAAAAAGAUCGGUUACUUAGCGACUGUCUUAUCGCCGGUCACUAUA